UCUCUCUCUCUCUCUCUGCCACGAUAUGUUAAUGUUACGUUGCCAAAAGGGAAAGGACUGCUUAAACUUACCCUAUAUAAUCACCCCAUAUUCCAUUAGAAUUUUUCUCCAGAAACAAUCUAAUAACAUACACUAAUCAAAGGCAGGCAGGCUAGGGUCGGAAAAGCAGAAAGCUAGCAGCAAAUUAAAGGAUUUGAAAAUGCUUUUAGGACCAACUUCUUCCUUCCCAAAUGUCCCACAAGGCGUGGAGAGCUACUCAAUCACCGAAGACGUUGUUUCCUCGUCUCUUGAAGCGAACUCCGCCGCAGAAUCUCAUCCAACCUCUCUCCUCUACAGUUUCUCAAUUCUCAAGGACAAGCUUCACCAGGUGCAGUCCCUCGUCAGCAUCCUCAUCUCCCCGGAAUAUACUCAAACUAGCGAGUCAACCACAUCAUUAGCCGUCGCCAGCAUGAGCACUGCAAUCCAAGAAAUCAUCAUGGCAGCCUCCUCCAUGAUGUUCACCUGCCAACAAAUAGCCCUCGGUUCGUCUCCAAGGAGCGCUAGCCCCGACGAAAUGCCGCACCACCAGCGUCAAAUCCGAUUUCCUCCACCCAACUUCGGCAGCAAUCGGCCGGCGCAAGGUUUCUACUCUACCGAUACGCUCGACUGCCUGUAUGGUGAAGCCUAUAAUAACAACUGCAGUAACAAGGAAGAUAAUCGGAGUACUGUUGUCAAUAGGGUGAAAGGGAGAGAUCGCGAUCGAGAAGUGCUUCAAGCGGGUGAUAACAGCGAAACAUUAGAAGGGCUUUUGCCGAAGAACUACGACAUCAUUGAAUUGGAUGCUGCGGAUCUGUUGGCAAAGUACACGCAUUAUUGCAAAGUUUGUGGGAAAGGGUUCAAGCGAGACGCGAAUCUGAGAAUGCACAUGAGGGCCCACGGAGACGAAUACAAGACAAGCGCUGCUCUAAGCAACCCCAUGAAGAACAAUAUUAACGGGAGCCCGUCAGGUAAUAACAACGACAGUAAUCUGAUAAAAUUUCCUAGGAAAUAUUCGUGCCCGCAAGAAGGGUGUCGGUGGAAUCAAAAGCAUGCCAAGUUCCAGCCUCUGAAAUCAAUGAUUUGCGUGAAGAAUCACUACAAGAGGAGCCAUUGCCCGAAGAUGUACGUUUGCAAGCGAUGCAACCAGAAGCAGUUUUCUGUUCUGUCGGAUUUAAGGACGCAUGAGAAGCACUGCGGGGAUCAGAAGUGGCAAUGCGUAUGCGGUACAACGUUUUCUAGGAAAGACAAACUUAUGGGGCAUGUUGCUUUGUUCGUGGGGCACACCCCGGCAAGCAAGCCUUUGUCGAAACUAGUAAAAGAAGACCACCACCAAGCACUGCAAAUGCUAUAUUAGAUAUGAUAUUGAUCAUCUCACCGUUCCCUUCCCUUUUGUCUGCUAUACGUUUUAAAUUUGAGGUACUUAUAAUGAAGUCUUCCAGCUAAUGCGUGCUAGAUUGUUUCUUAGGAGAAACAGUGCAUUAUUUCGAAGAUUUUAUAUUUUAAUUUGGGUCCUCUUUAAAUUAGUUAGCUCCCACGCAUGUUUGCCUCUUUGUAGGCAUUGCUUGUAUAAUUAAAGCCUCCUGUUGGCUUUUAGGCCGUCUUGUUUCGUAGAGUUUGUUUGUGGUUUCUUUUUGUUUUUUCAAUGUUUUUAAUAAAUUCUAAUUACUGAUCCAGAAAAAAGGAACUCUGGACUAGCUAGAUAUACUAAUUGAUUUACGUGCAGCUGGUAACAUAUAUAUAUGAAAGCAAGUUACUUCGUGUAUUA